AGGAGAAAAUUUGCGCAUGUCCGAAAGGAUUGAUUUUGCCCGUGACGUCACAAAAUGUCCGCCGCUCCACCGAAUCGGUCGGUAUAAAAAGUAAAAAAAACAAGAAACACCCCUAGUUUCGCCCAAAUGGAUCGCAGAUAUACCUAGUUUUUUCAAUUCUCAAACCGGUUAGCACACAAUUCGUUUACAAAUUCCCAAUAUUUAACAGUGAAGGCUUUCAGUAAGCCAGUAGGGGGUGAACCGAUAUGCGUUUCCGUGAGGCGGUUAGAAAAUUUUCUUCUAUCAUAAACGCAAGCAUGAGAUUCCCGAUGAAAUUGUUGUGUUUACUAUUGGUGGUGUGUUCGGUGCAGAGUCUCCAACUUGAAAGCCAGGCGUCUACCAGGAAACCCAGGGUGACGAAGUACAGCAAAACUACAGCCGUGCCUGGAGCAUCAACGGAGCCAGCCACGGAACGCAGCCUGAUGACGGCGACGUACCAGCUGUACAGCGGCAGCGGCGAGACCUGUAUAAAGCUGACAGUGGACGCGUUGCUGGACAUCUCUUACGUCACCAAACUUAAUGAACGCGCCGAUGCCAAUACUUUCGUUCCCAAUAACGCAAACGUGGCGGGUACGUGUAAGGAGAAUGACUUGGAGACUUUGGUUCUAUCUUUUAAGGAAUUCGCAUUAGAAUGGACCUUUGCUAAGACACCAGGCGGCGAGCGCUGGUACGUGGACAGCAUAAGAAUCACCUACAACUCCAGUGCAAGGAUCCUGGAACACGCAGCCAAACAGGGAAGACGGGUGACCUUGACUACUGGACCCAGAGCCUUACUCUUCCCUACUCCUGUGGGCAAGUCCUACGCUUGCCCUGACGAAACUAUCGUAGAAAUACUGGAGGACGAACCCAGCAACCCAACACUUGCCCACCGCGCGAAACUCUACCUCCGUCAAAUGCGCUUACAAGCGUUCAUGUUCAAACGCGAUGGUGAAUUUGGUCCACCGUGGCAUUGCUCCGAUUCCAACCGCGUCCGUUCAGAAACUGCACCAGUAGCGGUGGGCGCCGCACUGGCGAUUGCAACCGCCAUCACACUCGUAGGUUAUGCCAUUUGGCGUUAUUUGAAAGUGAAAAAGGUGCAAUACGACACGAUGGAAUGAAAGGGUUAAAGCGUUCUGAACUUUGUUUUUUUUUUUUAGUGGCAUUACAUUUUAAUAGACACAAAACAGGAAGAUUUUUAUUCAAAUAAACUUUCACAAGUAUAGAAUCCUCAAAUGCAUCUAUACUGGUUAAUUUUUCAUUUAACAAACUACACCGUGUACCUAUUAUUAUUAUUUGAUUCUUCCUCAGUCAUCAUUGAAAAAAUAUUACUAACCUAGUCAUUAUGUUUUUAAGUAAAAUAGAGAAAAAAAUGCAACGCAAAGACGUGACAGACGUCUUAUAUGUAAGUAACUUAUAUCUACUGGAGAGAUUUCUUCUAGCAGCUCUAAAAUGUGGGAAAAUUAAAUUUUGUGCUGAUUUGCUUGGAGUUCAAAAAAAUAAUAUUGUAUAGAUUCAAUUUGCGUUUUUAAAAUUCACGUUGAGGUAGAGAAAAGAUGAUGUAUGAAAAAAAGGUAUCGAUAGAUUUUUAAUUUAUUUGUUUUUGCGAAAAUAUACGAAAAAUAUAAUAUUAAAUGCCGUAGAAGGUCCGUUUUCGAAAACUC